UGCUGGAUGAGCAAGCCUGUCCCCAGCCCCCUCCCGCCCAGUGUGUCACAACAGCGGACACGGCUGUAUCUGGAGCAGUUGGGGUGAGCAGGCCAGCUGGGAGGCGAGCAGAAGUGCGCAGCCGAGAUGAGGGAAUGCAUAUCAGUCCAUGUGGGUCAAGCAGGAGUUCAGAUUGGCAAUGCCUGCUGGGAGCUCUUCUGCCUGGAACACGGCAUUCAGGCAGAUGGCACCUUUGGUGCCCAGGCCAGCAAGAUCAAUGAUGACGACUCAUUCACCACCUUUUUUAGUGAGACUGGCAAUGGAAAGCAUGUGCCCCGGGCUGUCAUGGUAGACCUGGAGCCUACUGUCGUAGAUGAGGUUCGGGCAGGAACCUACCGCCAGCUCUUCCAUCCAGAGCAGCUGAUCACAGGAAAGGAGGAUGCAGCUAACAACUAUGCCCGGGGCCACUACACAGUGGGCAAGGAGAGCAUCGACCUGGUGCUGGACCGCAUAAGGAAGUUGACAGAUGCCUGCUCUGGCUUGCAGGGCUUCCUGAUCUUCCAUAGUUUUGGUGGGGGCACUGGCUCUGGCUUCACUUCUCUACUGAUGGAACGCCUCUCCCUGGAUUAUGGCAAGAAGUCCAAGCUAGAGUUUGCUAUCUAUCCAGCCCCCCAGGUCUCCACUGCAGUGGUCGAGCCCUAUAACUCCAUCUUAACCACUCACACCACACUGGAACAUUCAGAUUGUGCUUUCAUGGUAGAUAAUGAAGCCAUCUAUGACAUCUGCCGCAGGAACCUAGACAUUGAGCGCCCCACCUAUACCAACCUCAACCGCCUUAUCAGCCAGAUUGUAUCCUCCAUCACUGCCUCUCUCCGCUUUGACGGGGCCCUCAAUGUGGACCUCACCGAGUUCCAGACCAACCUGGUGCCCUACCCCCGCAUUCACUUCCCACUGGUCACCUAUGCACCCAUCAUCUCUGCUGAGAAAGCCUAUCAUGAACAACUUUCCGUGGCUGAGAUAACCAGCUCCUGCUUUGAGCCCAAUAGCCAGAUGGUGAAGUGUGACCCAAGACAUGGCAAGUACAUGGCCUGCUGCAUGCUCUACCGUGGGGAUGUGGUGCCCAAGGAUGUGAAUGUUGCUAUUGCUGCCAUCAAAACCAAGAGGACCAUCCAGUUUGUAGACUGGUGUCCCACUGGCUUCAAGGUGGGCAUCAACUACCAGCCACCUACUGUGGUGCCAGGAGGGGACCUGGCCAAAGUCCAGCGGGCUGUCUGCAUGUUGAGCAACACCACAGCGAUUGCGGAGGCCUGGGCCCGCCUUGACCACAAGUUUGACCUCAUGUACGCCAAGCGGGCAUUUGUCCAUUGGUAUGUUGGAGAGGGAAUGGAAGAAGGAGAAUUUUCUGAAGCCAGGGAGGACCUAGCUGCCCUAGAGAAGGAUUAUGAAGAAGUGGGGACUGAUUCAUUUGAAGAAGAAAAUGAAGGGGAGGAAUUUUAAAUAUACAUGUUCCUCAUG